AUGGUUGAUGAUGUGCAAUUUAAUAAAGUACUAGCAUUUAUAGAAAAAGGAAAAACAGAGGGUGCAACAAUUUUAACAGGAGGGAAGAGAGCUGGGAAGACAGGCUAUUUCAUACAACCAACUGUGUUUGUUGAUGUAACUGAUUAUAUGACAAAUUGCUAACUUCUCUCAAUUGGUGAGUGAACAAAACCGUUAGAAAUAUCCUUAUUUAUGGAAAUUAACCCACUUCGUAGGAGCAAAAAAUUUUAAUACCAAUAAUAAUUUGAUAUAUACAAUAAUUAAUAAUUAGAUCUCUUGCUGAAUAUUAAAUUUUUCAAUUGCUAAAGAAGAAAUUUUUGGCCCAGUCAUGUGUAUUAUGAAAUUUAAAACGAUUGAAGAAGUGUUAGAAAGAGCCAAUAAAACCCGCUAUGGGCUUGCUGGAUGAGCUCUCACACGUGAUAUUGAUAAAGCUUUAAGAGUCACUAAUGAGCUAAAAGCAGGAACUGUUUAUGUUAACUGCUAUGGAGUUACAACUGAAAAUACUCCUUUUGGUGGAUAUAAAGAGUCUGGAAUUGGCAGAGAACUAGGUGAAGAAGGGCUCCAGAAUUAUUUAGAAUCAAAAACAGUUAUAAUCCAAACUCAAAAAAACUCAAUCCCUUAA